AUGGCGACUCUCGGCUUCCUGCUUGUGCUGGCCGCUGCCAGCGAUGAUGUGGAGGCUGAGCUGGAGUCCCCCAAGCUCAGCUGCUUCCGGCGAGGUUGGGGCUAUGAGGACUCUUGGCACAAGGACCUCAACGGCGGCUUUGUGGCCAAUGCAGAGACCUGCCAGGAAACCUGCGAUCACAUGUGGUUCUGUGACGUCUUCACCUAUUACGAGGACACGAAAAAGUGCUUCCUCCAAGGCAACCAAGCCAUUGAGAUGGUGAAGACAACAGCCAUCAGCGGCCCCAAGACGUGCUCAGCCACCUCCUUGUCCGAAGCUCUGAAGAUGGUGAAGCACGCGGGCUGGUCUGCGGCCAAGGGCGCGCAGGCAGAGGCUAUGAACCUGCAGCAGAUCAAGAUCGCAGGGGUGCAGGCGGUGCAGCAGAAUGGCGUGAAGCUGGGCUUGUCCAACACGCAGAAGGCGCAAGUCACUGCGGGGGUCGUCGGCAUGAUCGCAGCAGUGAAAGCGGCGGGAGAUGGCAACAGUGUGACUCCGCAGCUUGCUGCGGCCUCCUUGUCGGCUGCAGAGUUUGCAGCGGUGAACCACACACUGCCCUAUCAGGCGCAGCAGGCCAUGUACGCAGCGGGCUCCGUCGCCGGGGACUUCUCCCUCGCGAGGGAGGAGACCGUCCAGGACCGCUGCGACUACGCGGUGCGCAUGGCCUUGGACGCCGCGGACACGGUGAAGGGCAACGGUCUCACCCAGGAGCAGCAGCUGAUCAUCGCCGCGCAAGAGGGGGCCUUAGUGGUGGCGGAAGCCGGCGGCACCAAGAAGGAGACGUACACUGCGGUGGGCACAGCUCUGCACAAAGUUGCGGAGCUCUACGACCAUCCCGAGGACAUCCAGGCGGAGUGGCAGGCUGUCGGGGAAGCUGCGGCGCUGGAUUGGUGGGAGGAGAGUUUCACCAAGGACGUGGUGGAUUCACGUCUAGACUUCAAGGCGAUUCUUCAGAUCGCGACAGAUGCCGCCCACGACGCGGAAGCGAACGGUGCUGGUCUCAACGACGAGAUCCUGGCGGCGGCCCAGGCGGCGCAGGUGGCCUCGGCCGAGCGAGGCUACGAGACGCGAGAGCAGGCGCGCGCAAGGCAAGACUUCAAAGAAAAAGAGCAAGCACGCGAGCCCGGGCACCCAGACGGCUCAGCAUCGCCGAAAUUCCUGGGUGGGGGUUGGCAAUAUGACAAGGACCCCAGCGUUGCCGGCCAGUAA